AUCAUUCCAGCACAACAGGGGACUCUCUCGCAAGCUUCCCUCCCAAGGAGAGAUCAUAUGGAUGAUGAUGAAUAUGCCAAGCUCUUCCGUAGAAUGAAUCCCCCCAGAGUUGUAAUAGACAACAACGCUAGCGAUGAUGCCACUGUUAUUCAGGUUGAUAGUGUGAACAAACAGGGGACCCUCUUGGAAGUUGUCCAAGUCCUCACUGAUAUGAAUCUUGUCAUCAAGAAAGCUUACAUCUCUUCUGAUGGCGGUUGGUUCAUGGACGUCUUCAAAGUCAUCCACCAAGAUGGCAACAAGAUCACUGACACUCAACUCCUUGACUUUAUCCAAAUGAGGAUAGAGCGCAACGCUGGCUGGUUUAUUCCACCUUUAAGAAGCUCAGUUGGUGUCAUGCCCUCUGACGAAUACACCACCAUUGAGCUCGCUGGAACCGACAGACCCGGUCUCUUGUCUGAAGUAUCUGCUGUUCUCACAGACCUUCACUGCAACGUUGUCAACGCUGAGAUAUGGACUCACAACACCAGAGCUGCUGCAGUUAUUCACGCCACCGACAAUACUACUAAUUCAGCUAUUACGGACCCACUCCGCCUUUCCACCAUAAAGCAUCUGCUCUGCAAUGUAGUUGGGACCAACAGCGGCUCCAGGGCUGCAAAAACCGUCUUUUCAUCUUGUUCUGAUACACACAGGGAGAGGCGCUUGCAUCAGAUCAUGUUUGAUGACAGGGAUUACGAGGGAGUCGUCAAAAGACCAAGGACAUCAAGGCCCUGUGUCACACUAACAAACAUUGACAAGGAUUAUACCGUUGUUACCAUGAGGUCCAAAGAUAGACCAAAGCUUGUGUUUGACGUAGUCUGUACCUUGACUGAUAUGCAGUAUGUGGUGUUCCAUGGCAUGGUCAGCACAGAACCACUAGAGGCUUAUCAGGAGUUUUACAUCCGUCAUGUAGAUGGACUUCCCAUAAACUCAGAAGCCGAGCAAGAACGUGUUAUCCAAUGUCUUGAAGCAGCCAUUGAGAGAAGAACCUCCGAGGGUUUAGAGCUGGAAUUAUCAGCAGAAGACAGAGUUGGUCUCCUCUCAGACAUAACUAGAACAUUUCGAGAGAACAGCUUAACUAUUGUGAGAGCAGAGAUUUCAACGCGAGAGGGUAAGGCUAAAGACACGUUCUACGUUACAGACGUUACAGGAAGCGCUGUUGAAUCAAAAAUCGUGGAGUCAAUAAGAAAAGAGAUAGGAGUAAGCAAGCUGAAGGUGAAGGAAUGCUCUGUUCUUGGUACAAGCAGCAGGGGCUCGCAAGAAACAACAAUGGGGUAUUUGCUUAGCAACAUCUUCAAAUCAAUUAGAAAGCAGACAAUGAAGGAAGGUUUCAGAGCCAGAGUGCGCCGGCGUCUUUGAGGAGAGGAACGAGAGAACCGUUGAUGUGAGAAGCCAUGACUCUGUCCAUAGCCCCAACCAGCUUACCGCCUAUGAAGACGACCGGAAGAGCACCUGGAGAAGAGGCGCCUGAGCAGCCGAGGAGAUGAAUGAGUGCUCGCUGGAUGUCGCCGCCGUAGGGGUGCAGGUCGAGCUCGUGAACGGCGGGGCUGACGCCCAUUCCCCUGAAGAGACCCUUCACGGCAUGGCACAUGCAGCACGUGCUCACGCUGAAUAUUACCACGGCGCUCUCGGCCACCAGAGACUCUAGCCGAAGCAGGCUUGUGUCCGCCGCAAGCCCCACGUCGCCGCCAAACCCUAAGUUGUAUGAUCCCCACGAUUCCGUCUGGUAUUGCAUUUUUUUUGUUUUUGAAAAAAACCUAUUACGAGCUAGAAGGAAUAAGAGAGAAUAAAGAGAUCUGCUCAAGUUUUGGUGAAGAGAGUGAGAGAGCCAUGCAGAGUAUUUAUAGAGGAGAGGGCUUGCUGAUAAAAAAUUAAAACUCUUUUCCCUAUAAUUACAUUUUGUUAGUAAGUGAAGGCCAUAAUUUGUGUAUAAUAAUAACAUGACAUUUACUAUUUAUUCAUUUUAAUUAAAAAAAUAACCGAAGUCACA